GUGAUGGGCAGAAGCCUGAGAUGAGCCUUAAUCAUCUCUGCCCUGUGUACGUUCUUCCCCUCGUGUAGGCAGGAGCUAUGACUUGCUUCUCACCCACAGAAGGUGGCAAAGGUGAAGGGACUUUGCAGCAGUAAUCAAGAUCCCUAAACAGCUGGCUUUGAUCGAAAGAGACAUUAACCCGGGUGGGCCUGAUCUAAUCAGUUAGGCUUUAAAAGGAGUCUAGAGGCGUUCCUGCUGUAGCACAAUGGGAUCGGCAGCACCUUGGGAGAGCUGGCACGCAGGUUUUAUCCCUGGCCCAGCACAGCGGGUUGAGGAUCCAGCGUUGCCACAGCUGUGGCUUAGGUCGUCAUUGUGGCUCAGUUCUGACCUCUGCCUGGAAACUCCCCAUGCCACGGGGCGGCCAAAAAAGGAAAAAUAAUUUUUAAAAAGAGGUCUAGAGAUCCGAGACUCAGUGAAGUAGAGACGCUUUCUCCGUCACGGGUCUUAGAGAAGCAAACAACAUAAAUUCUACAACUGCAAGGACAUGAAUGCUGCCAACCCACGAGGGAGCUUAGAAGCUGAUUCUUCCCCAGUCAAGCCUCUGGAUAAGAUGCAGUUCAGCCAACACCUUGAUCUCAGCCUUGUGAGACCCGGAGCAGAGGACCCAGCUGGGCCAUGCCGGGACUUCUGCCCCCAAGAAAACUAUGAGAGCUUAGGCGUCAGUUGCCAAAACGUGGGGACAUUUCCUGUGGCCGUCGCAACACUGAGAAGUUGUGUUAAAGGAGACUGGGCCCCAUUCGGAGCUCCAGGCCGGGGGCAGCUCUGCCGCGCGGGAGACACCUGCUCGCCCUCUCCCACCUCCAGGCAGCGCUCAGCGCCUCCUGGGUUUCACCCCACCAUGUCCCUGGCUGAGGCCAUCAGACUCUGGAAUGAAGGGGUGCUAGCAGCCGACAAGAAGGACUGGAAGGGAGCCCUGGACGCCUUCUCUGCGGUCCAGGACCCCCACUCCAGGAUCUGCUUCAACAUCGGCUGCAUACACACCAUCCUGGGAAACAUGCCUGAGGCCGAGAAGGCCUUCACCAAAAGCAUUAACCAAGACAAGCACUUGGCCGUGGCCUACUUCCAGCGAGGGAUGCUGCACUACCAGAUGGAGAAAUACGAUUCUGCCAUUAAAGACCUUAAAGAGGCCUUGACUCAGCUUCGAGGGAACCAGCUGAUCGACUACAAGAUCCUGGGGCUCCAGUUCAAGCUGUUUGCCUGUGAGGUGUUAUAUAAUAUUGCUUUCAUGUUCGCCAAGAAGGAGGAAUGGAAAAAGGCCGAAGAACAUUUAGUGUUGGCUGUGAGCAUGAAGUCUGAGCCGAGACAUUCCAAAAUUGACAAAGCCAUGGAAAGCGUUUGGAAACAGAAGCUGUAUGAGCCGGUGGUGAUCCCUGUCGGCAGGCUGUUUCGGCCGAAUGAGAGGCAAGUGGCUCAGCUGGCCAAGAAGGAUUACCUAGGCAAGGCCACGGUCGUGGCGUCUGUGGUGGAUCAAGACAGCUUCUCGGGCUUUGCCCCGCUGCAGCCGCAGGCAGCUGAGCCUCCACCCAGGCCCAAAACCCCAGAGAUCUUCAGGGCUCUGGAAGGAGAAGCCCACCGCGUGCUGUUUGGGUUUAUGCCUGAGACACCAGAGGAGCUCCAGGUCAUGCCAGGGAACAUUGUCUUUGUCCUGAAGAAGUGCAACGAUAACUGGGCUACGGUCAUGUUCAACGGGAAGAAGGGGCUUGUUCCCUGCAACUACCUUGAACCAGUUGAACUUCGGAUCCAUUCUCAGCAACAGCCCCAGGAGGAUGCCGCCCCAGAAUCGGAUAUCCCAGCUCCUCCCAGUUCCAGUGCUCCUGGAAGGCCCCAGUCAUCAGCAGGUCAGAAAGAACAAGGAGAGGCCAAGGAAGUCAGGCUCAGUGUUCCCAUGUCCUACACACUCAAAGUGCACUACAAGUACACGGUGGUCAUGGAGACUCAGCCCGGGUACCCCUACAGCCAGGUCCGGGACAUGGUGGCCAAGAAGCUGGCGCUCCUGCCCGAACACACUAAGCUGAGCUAUCGGCCUCGGGACAGCAAUGAACUGGUGCCCCUUACAGAAGAGAGCAUGAAGGAUGCCUGGAACCAAGUGAAGAACUACUGCCUGACUCUGUGGUGUGAGAACACAGUGGGUGAUGAGGGUUUUCCAGAUGAACCCAAGGAAAGUGAAAAAUCUGAUGCUAAUAGCCAGACCACAGAACCUCACCUAAAGGAAGGGAGCCAAGUGGUAGCACUCUUCAGUUAUGAGGCUACCCAACCCGAAGACCUGGACUUUCUGGAAGGGGACAUCAUCCUGGUGAUAUCAACAGUGAAUGAAGAAUGGCUGGAAGGGGAGUGCAAAGGGAAGAUUGGCAUCUUCCCCAAAGCUUUUGUUGAAGAACGCGCAACCACAGAUUUGGAAAGCACUCCUGGAGUCUAGGAUGGUUCACAACAUACAAAGUUGAAGGAAAGGUAGCACUAUUAGUUAUGAUUUAAUCCUGUAAAUCAUUUGCAGGAUUUAGCACGCCUCUGCAGUACUGUACAGAGACAUAAAUGGUUUGCAAAUGUUAACGUAUCUACUCUCCCCAGUGAAAACUUAACCUAUUAGACAAGGAUGUGAGAAUUUAUGAUGACUUCCCUGGGGCUAGGGAGGGGGGUGGUGGUUGGAAGUGUCCAGAAGGGCACCGGGGGUCUUCCAGGAGGCCAAUAAUCUGUUUCUUGCUCUGAGUGCUGGCUGCCCAGAUGUGUUCAGUUCAUGAAGAUUCACCGAGUUGUACACUUAUUGGUACACUUCUCUGUACAUAUGACGCCUCAAUAAAAAACAAAAUAAGAGUGUAUGCCACUAA